UCCUUCAACCCGUAGGAGGUGCCGUAGAAUCAAGGACAUGGCCAAUGUUACAAUGGAGAUGGAAUUCUUCCUCAUGGAAUUUGCCCACACCAAGGAGCUCCAGGUCCUUCACAUCCUUCUGUUUUUGCUAAUUUACUUGGUGACUGUAAUGGGGAAUCUUCUCAUUAUUGUCCUUGUCACCCUGGACCAGUAUCUUCACACUCCCAUGUACUUCUUCCUGAAGAACUUGUCCUUCUUUGAUCUCUGUCUCAUUUCCAUCAUAGUCCCCAAAUCCAUUCUCACCUCUCUUACUAAUAAGAACACCAUUUCUUUGCCAGGAUGUGUGUUACAGGUCUUUUUGGUGAUUCACUUUGCUGGCGCUGAAGUGUUCAUCCUCACAGCUAUGUCUUAUGAUCGCUAUGUGGCCAUCUGUCACCCACUACACUAUGAGGCCGUCAUGGGCAGAGAAGUCUGCUUACGGAUGGCAGCUGCUUCCUGGUUCCUUGGAGGAUCCUUUGGAAGCUUAUAUUCAGCUGGCAUAUUCUCUUUAUCUUUCUGCGGCUCCAGAAACCUCCCUCAAUUUUUCUGUGACGUCCCCUCACUAUUAAAGAUGUCUUGCUCAAAGUCACACAUAACUAUUGAUGUUAGUGUGGCAAUUGGAAUAUUUCAUGGUUUCUUUUGUUUAGUUGCCAUUUUUUUCUCAUAUAUCUGUAUUUUCAAUACAGUGCUAAGCAUCCCAUCCUUUCAAGGCCGAUCAAAAGCCUUCUCCACCUGCUUACCCCAUCUCACAGCCGUGACCACCUUUCUCCUGACGGGAGCCACUGCCUAUCUGAAGCCAGUGCCGCUGUCUCCCUCUCUGCUGGACUUGCUGCUCUCUGCUUUGUAUUCGGUUUUGCCUCCCACCCUGAACCCCAUCAUCUACAGCCUCAGGAACAAGGAAAUUAAGGCAGCUCUGAAAAAACUCCUAGAAAUAGUAAAAUCCACAAUUAUAGUUAAGGACUUCAGUACUUCAGUAAAUUGA